AUGAGUACUGGUAGUCAAUCCUACGGUCAGCUGGUGCGUCUUCGCGCCCUCGGCCCAUCACAGCUACCUGCCCACCCGGAUCUGGCAGCAUUGCAAGCCGGCGCUCCAGCAUUGCCAGACCUAGAAACCUUCAUCACCAAUUCUCCGCCCGCAAAGGCUACCAUCCAACUUCUGGCUCAUGAGAUUUCUGCUCACCAAUUGGGUCCUAAUGCACAUGAUGAAGCAUGGUUUGCACGUACAAGUCUUCACGAGAACAAGAAGGAACCAGGUACUGCCAAUUGGGAUGAGUUUGAAGCCGGUCUGCUUGACGACCACAGUCUGCAUGAAUCACAGUAUACUCCAGAUGUGUUUGAUGCACACAAGGUCCUAUCCUGGGAUCCCAAGUUGGCCGAGAAGCAGGCUAAGGUUGGUAAUUGGGAGAAGNUCUUUGAGAUGUGUCAUCAUAUCCCACCUCCUCUGGACAACCGCACUUUCCCUGUGCUUGUUGUUACGGCCCGCUCGGCUGGUCCCAAAGAUCCCUCUUUCUUGGUUGUGCAAAUACCCGUCGACAUUACCAAGCUUGAUAAGGCAAUGUACUCCACGCACAAGAACAAGAUUGCAGGUGACACUGCCGAGAAGAGGAAGCCUGUUACCCUUGGUCAGUAUGUCAGUAUUGAGCGAUGUACCAUGGUUGAGGACAUCAACGUGAAAUGGCAAAUGGCGACUGCUUCUGAUGCGAAAGGCAAUCUACCAAUGUGGGCGCAGAAGAUGGGCGUUCCCUCAGCCGUCUUGAAGGACGUUGGCCUUUUCAUUGACUGGAAUGGUAAGAGGAGGAAGUGA